GAAGCGCGCGAGAUAGAAACUGGAGCGCGGACUAACGUCAGCGUACCCAGCCCUCCGACAAACAGAGUUUCAUGGACUAUAUACUACAAAAAACACAGAUUUGCUCGUGGUAUAUAGUUUGGGAAUCUAUGCACGACGUGGUUGACAAAAAUAUACAAUUGUAUUUUAGCUAAGGGCUUUGGUGAUAAAUGUCCUGGUGGUUGCGCGGAGAGGAUGAGGAGGAGGCUAUGUAUCAGGACACCGACUCUGAUGUGGCUGAACAGAGAGACUGUGGAAAGGUCAAAGUGAAAUGGACACAAGAGGAGGAUGACAAUCUGAAAGCAUUGGUCCAAAGCCUGGGACCAAAUGACUGGAAACACAUAGCCAGUUUUUUACUGAAUCGCUCAGAACACCAGUGCCAGCACCGCUGGUUGAAGGUUCUGGAUCCAGAUCUGGUUAAAGGGCCCUGGACCAAAGAAGAGGAUGAGAAGGUGAUACAACUGGUGAAAAGGUAUGGCAACAAGCAAUGGGCCAUAGUGGCUAAGCACCUGAAGGGCCGUGUGGGGAAGCAGUGCAGGGAACGCUGGCACAACCACCUCAACCCGGAUGUGAAGAAGUCGUCCUGGACAAAAGAGGAAGACCUCAUUAUCUACAAGGCCCACUGCAUGCUGGGAAACCGCUGGGCCGAGAUUGCCAAGCUCCUCCCCGGAAGGACAGAUAAUGCUGUGAAGAACCGCUGGAACUCAACCAUCAAGCGUAGGGUUGAGAUGGGCUUCUUUAGUGGGGUGGAUCCUACUCUGAAGCAUCAUCAGGUGGAAGCCGAGGAGGGCAUGGCCCACCACAGUAAAGAUCAGCAGAUGGACUAUGAUUGUUCUAUGGAGAGGGAUUCAGACCAAGACACUACACUGCUGGAGAAUACCAUUACAGCCACUGUGAGAGGCGGACCAAGGGAAGCAGGCUCCCACAAGGCUGUCUCUCCUCAACAGUCAAAGACACCCAAAAGUGAGCCAGACACCCCAGGACGUGAGCUAAAUACCAAUAGCUGGGUGGUGGACAGCUCAGGCUUCCUCUCUCCCAACGGCUCAAGCUUAAAGGAGGUGAUGGAUAUGGUGGAUGGGGACCUAGAUGGAUGGUGCAACAUGUCUGUCUUUGAUCUGCCUGAGGAGAGCCAGAGCCCAGAGCGGACCCAGUUCCGUCUGGAGGGCAGCACCCUGCAGGAGCUGAGCAAGGGCAACCGGGGAGAGCUGAUCCCCAUCUCCCCUGGAGGAAUCACUCCACCCUCCAUACUGACCCGCCGCAGCCGCCGUCGCAUCGCUCUGUCUCCUGACUCCAACUAUUCCAGGACCCCCAAGAGCACCCCGGUCAAGGUCCUGCCCUUCUCUCCCUCACAGUUCCUCAACAUGUGGACCAAACAGGACAACUUUGAACUGGAGAAUCCAUCCCUCACCUCUACCCCAGUCUGUAGUCAGAAGUCCACGGGUACCACACAACUACACCGCGAUAAGACUCCACUCACACAGAAGGAAAACUCUGUGUUUGCGUCCAAGCUGUACUCAAACUCGGUGUUCAUCACACCCAACCACAAGUCAAAUCUUGACAACACCCCGCGGACUCCAACUCCAUUCAAGAAUGCCAUGGAGAAGUAUGGUCCUCUGCAGCCUCUGCCUCAGACUCCGAACGAGGAGGACUUGAAAGAAGUCCUCUUGAAAGAGACUGGGAUUGAGCUGAUCGUGACGGAUGAGAGUCCACUUGAGCAAAGACGUAAGCAGGUGCAUCGACCUACAAUGAAGAAAGUGCGUAAAUCUCUGGCCUUGGAUGUCAUGGACUGCAAAGAGACGGUCACCUCCAGGCAUCAGUCCAUUAAGUUUUUGCCCCAACCCUGUUCUAAGGCUGAGACGUCUCUCAACUCCUCGUCCUUUUGCAUGAAGAGAGAAUAUAAAGAGGAGAAUGUUCUGGAUCAGGGCUUCUGUUUAGGACCCAGGGAGAGUUGUGCAUAUUCCAACCCAGUGCCACCAACCCCAAUGUCCCAGGCAUGGGAAGCAGUGGUAUGUGGACAGACUAAGGACCAACUUAUAAUGACAGAGAAAGCAAGAUGUUACCUCCGCUCACUAAAAUCCCACGCUCCCAACCGGGCCCUCAUCCUGUCCUGAGCCUUCCCUCACUACCAAGUUCUCAUUUAUGCUGUGUUCACAUGCUAUCAGAGUUGGGGAAAUUCCUAUUUGUGUCUGGGAAGUUUCACUUAAACAACCCAAUGCCAGCAGCAUACCACCCUGCAUCCCACAGCUGGCUUGUAUCUGAAGCUAAGCAGGGUUAGUCCUGGUUGGUCCCUGGAUGGGAGACCAGAUGCUGCUGGAAGUGGUGUUGGACGGCCAGUAGGAGACACCCUUUUCCAAUACCCCAGGGCAGUGCCUGGGGACGUUGCCCUGUGUAGGGUGCCGUCUUUCGGCUGGGAAGUUAAACGGGUGUCCUGACUCUCUGUGGUCACAAAAGAUCCCAUGGCACUUAUCGUAAGAGUAGGGGUGUUAACCCCGGUGUCCUGGCUAAAUUCCCAAUCUGGCCUUCAUACCAUCAUCCCCAGUUUACAAUUGACUCAUUCAUCCCCCCCUCCUCUCCACUGUAACUAUUCCCCAGGUUGUUGCUGUAAAUGAGAAUGUGUUCUCAGUGAACUUACCUGGUAGAAUAAGGGUUAAUAAAAUAGUUGGAUUACAAGUGAGAAAAUGUUGUUGCAGAGUUGUGACGUUUUACCAGUGCCCUUUUACCUUUUCAAACAAAAGAUGACAUCAGUUUUUGACAACUACAACCUCAUCAAUAUGGAGGAUGUAGCUAGUUUGACGAUAUUGUCAAUGCUAAGCAAGCUAGCUGUUUAUCAAGAUUUGGUUGAAGAAUGAUUCUGACCAAAAAGUACAUGAAUGAAACAAAUUCGUAUUUCCGUCAUCACAACUAAGAAAUAGGAAGUUCUGACAAGCACGUGAAUGUGGCAUAACUCUCUGCUGUGCAGAAAUUUUCAUUGUGUUAAACAUGUUUAAUGUAACUAUUCCAAAGAUUGUGUUGGUAUUCUUUCAUAGCAAGGUUAUGUGUUAUAGGUUUCUAAAAGGUUUUGAAAAUUUUUUGAUGCCGUGCUAUGUUGAGCAAGCUCAACUGAACUGAAGUAGUAGAUACUUGUAAAUAUGGGGGAAAAUGUUUUAUUGUAGGGCAACUUUGUCAUGUUAUUUCAAGUUUUUCCAAAUGUAAUGUUUGAAUCUACACACACCAUUUCCUAGUAAGUUUUACCACAGCCCAUCAACAAUUGAAUAAUCCACACUUGCAUCACGUUUGUCAUACUCAAAAGUAAUGUAAAGGUCUAUCGUCUUCAUGUUUUCAUUUUGAUAUCUCAAGUAUACUUGUCAUUUUGCACUGACAUCUAUCAGUAUUGCGUUUCGGUUGUAACUGCCUCAUGCAUUUGAUUACCUGAUCAAUCAAUAAUGAAUGGAAACAAAUUGACACACAAGUGAACAGAGAGUUGAGGGGUUGCUGAAAUGUUUGUUUCCUAUGAUCUAUUUUUAUGUUAUGUAGUCUACUAGCCAAUCUAAGGUUUAUUAUAGGCUACUAUUUUAUUAAGAAUAGAAUGUAAUGUGAAUAUGAAUCAUCAUACAUUCAGGUUGCCCUAUUCACAUGUCCAAAGUUGUAUAGAUUUGAUAAGAUUAUGGUGUUUUGAAUUACAGAAUGUUUCUGCUGAAAACGGAUCAUUUUCUGCUUGCAGAUAAGAUGUAUGAGUAAAUCAUCUGCU